AUGGCGAUGCAUUUAGGUCUUCCACCUCCAGAAGCUCUCGACUUGAGUGGAGGUAACAUAUCAGCCAAUUGGAAGAAGUUCAAACAGAAAUAUACAAAUUACGAAAUUGCGACCGGAAUAAGUUCGAAGGAUAGUGCAACCAGAGUAGCAACACUUCUAACAGUUAUUGGCAACGAUGCUAUUGAUGUGUUUAACACUCUAACUUGGGACGAAGAAGGCGAUGACAAAAAAAUCGAAAAGGUGCUGUUGAAAUUUGAGGAACACUCUGAACCCAAGAAAAAUGUCAGCUACGAGAGAUACAAAUUCUUCUCAAGAGCCCAAGAAAGCGGCGAAAGCAUCGACCAGUACGUAACAAUAUUAAGAAAGCUUUGUGAAACAUGUGAAUUUGGAGCAUUGAAGAACUCUCUCAUCAAGGACCGAAUUACUCAGGGUGCCAGACCUUACACUUCAGAAAGCAUUAGAUGUGGUACGAUCUGCAGAAGCUACGGAUAUGCAAAUGAAAGAACUGGACGACUCAUCAGUGCAUGGAAUUGGAAGGGAGAAGAACAAGUCAACUGACAAGAAAACACCUUCAGAUAAUGAGGAAAAAAGACCCCCAAGUAAGAAGUUCAAUUGCGGGAACUGUGGAACAAGACAUGGCGCAAGGGAGUGUCCUGCAUAUGGCAAAACAUGUAACUAUUGUCAGAGACGAAAUCACUUCCAGAGUGUAUGCAGAUCACGGAAAAAAGUCCAUGAACUGGGUGUAGAGCAACAAGAAGGAAAUAUUCCUGACUCAACCCUAUUUGUAGGAGCUGUCACUACUGAAGUUCGGAUCCAGAAUGAGGAGUGCUGUGAUGUUGCCAGUGAAAGGACAUAUCACAAAACUCAAAAUUGACACGGGUUCUCAAGUUAACAUCAUGCCGUUCAAAGACCUAAAGAAGAUAGUUGGAAGCAAUCCACAGAUAAAUGCCUGCACACAAUCUAGUCAGUUACUCUGA